AUGGCAGCCGGACGAACCCACAAGGCGCUGGCAGGCCGGCGGCGUCGCGCCGAUGAGGAGGGCGAGGAGGAUGAUGGUCCGGAAAUGGGAGAGAAUUCGCAGAGCGAGGGUUCGAUACUGAGCGCCCUGGACGACGAUGAAGAGAGCAGCAUCGGCGCGGCCACGGCGGACGGUGCACCCCAUCAAGAGGAUGCGCGACCGGAGGUUACCGCGGAGGUGGAGAAGUCGGCGGGCAGUUCAAAGAGGUCUAAGCGGCACAGCGGACGGAAGAAGCAGACAGAGUCGGCCGCUGGGUCUUCUGCGCCAGCGCACUCCCAAACGGGUGCUUUUAGAGUUACGGACGAUACACAAGCCAUGAUACACGGCCUCAACAUCGGCGACCAAGCAGCGCAAGAACCCGAUGACUUUGAAAGUGUGAGCCGUCGUGGCUCAGUAGCGGCUGCGCUCCCAAGUCGGCCGGCCAAUGGACAUGCCGAACCGUCUGGCUAUCGGCAGAGGCAGGAGCACGAGGACUACAGACGGAAACGUAACAAUGAUCCGGCGUUCAUCCCAAAUCGUGGUAAUUUCUUCAUGCACGAUACACGCUCGAACCACGGGCCGGGCAGUGCACCUGGAAGAGGUGCAUGGGGCGGGAGGGGUCGUGGGAGAGGUGGAAGUGCUGCUGGUGGAUUCUACCCGCCAGCGCCACCGCUCGCGCAGAACGAGAAAGCCGCCGAGCAACCCUGGAAGCAUGACCUACACGACACCAUCAAUGAGGAGUCGGCGAAGCCUGCUGGUUAUCAUGCUCGUGAUCAACCGGCCAGGCUAUUUCCCAGGUUCACUGGUCAAAAUCAGCAGAAUCAACAACAAGCCGUCUCCUUUUCGAGCACGAAACUCGUCGGCAAAGUUCAAAUACGCGUUUCUCUAGAAGGCAUGAAGGCCCCCAUUGCAUUUUCGGAAGUGCCGUGGAAGCAUUACAUUCGUCUUCCCGAUCAUCGCCCACCGCUCCGUCGAGACAAGCCGGUGCGCGYGUCGUUGCCCGGGCACCCUCAACGGUACAUCUUCCCUGCAGUGGAGCGAUCUUUCAUCUUUAUACCCAGGCAGAUGCGACCGAACCAGCAAGGGUUCGGCCGAAAUGCUUACCAGCGGAGUGUGGGUGGCUAUGGGUAUUCGAGCCGCAGAACGAGCAUGUAUGGUGGGAGCAUGUACGCCGCCAGCGUCGCUGCAAGUCGCCGUUCAUCGUUUGCAAGCGUGUCACGGGAUAACGCGUUUUCACCCGUUGGGUCUUAUGGAGGUAACUUGCCCCCAUCGAGAUCAAACAUUAGAAUGCCACCACCUGGCUCACAGUCGCACCUUCCGACUUCAAGUCCAAUGGGAUUCCAACCAGGAUAUCACGCUGCAAACGGAAUGCAAAUGCACACAUUUCCAUUACCACAACAACCUACAUAUCAGGGCAUACCUACUACUACGGUGCAUCAACCGAGACCGCAAAAGACAAUAUCUGUCACUGGCAUUGAAUCGCCUGCAGCGCUGCAGCAAGCCCCUGGGCCUCAAGACGCAAAGCCGUUCCAAAACCAGCUGCCUGCACACAUGAACGAGCAGAUGAGUCUCAGCCAGCCCUCGUCAAUGAUGUAUUCUCCCAGGCAGCAAUAUUCUUACGCACAGCCACCUCAAUCGGCGACCCCACUCUCAGGCAUCCCAGAACAGGCGAUUCACGCUGCUGCUUUCCAGCCUCCAGCGAUGGCAUACGGGAACGCUCCCUACUACGCGUCCUACGCUCCUCCACCUCCGCAGUACUACUACCCGCAGGGGCCAGGGGCAUAUCAGCCAAUGCCCAUGUAUGCUCCAACUCCGCAGGGCUACAUGGUAUCGCCGCCUGCGCCUGCAUUGCCUACCCAACAAGUGCCAUCCCAAGCGACGCCAUUGCAGACUGCCGAAGCAGAGUCGCAACACACGGGUCAAGGUAUGGUAGCACGCGAGAGCAAUGGUAUGGUUUUUUACCUGCCGGCCUCUGAAGCCCCACAGCAAGCUCAUGGCGAGAGUUAUCAACCUGCGGAGAGCUUUGUCCCUGCUUACGCCAUGCCUGGUCUGCCGCCGCCUACACCAGCACCCGAGGCAAGCUAUUACUACCCCUCGCAAGCGCCGAUACAGGCCGGUUACUACCCAGGAUCUUCUCAGCAGCAGUAA